AGUCUCUCCUCCUGUGUGCCACGUCAGUUCCAUGUGGUGAAGGUAAAUAAGAACUGGACAGAAGCUCAGCGCUACUGCCAACAGGAGUUCACUGACCUCGCCACCAUAGACAACAUGAGGGAGAUGGAGAUGUUUAACAGCAUAAUGAAUGAAGCAGAUGCUAUAAAGCCUUGGAUUGGGCUGAAGCAGGGAAGCAGUCCCAAGUGGCUGUGGUCUCUGGCUGACAGGAAUUUCUACAGAGAGGAUGAGGCAGAGUUCAGGAACUGGGACUCAGGCCAGUCACAAGGAGCUAAUGAGAACUUAGCUCAGCAACAGAACUGCAUUGUGAUGGGAAAAGGAAAUGAGAAAUGGCACAAUAGGCAGUGUGGUGCCACCAAGCCCUUCAUCUGCUAUGAUGUUAACCAUGACACGUGCAUUACCACAGGGGGAAACUCCACACAUCCCUAUGUGGUGGUUACUAAUACUAAUAAGAAAUGGGCAGAUGCUCAGAGAUACUGCAGAGAGAACCACACAAACCUGGCCAGUGUGAGGAAUGAGACUGAGAAUGAGAAGAUAAAAAAGGUCCUAGGGGAUACCCAAGAAGCCUGGAUUGGCCUGUUCAGAGAUGCCUGGGAGUGGUCAGAUGGCAGCAAGUCCUCAUUCCGCCACUGGGGAAUUGGAGAACCCAAUUAUGGCGACAGUUUGAAAGGGUUCUGUGUUCAAAUGGUCAGUGGUCAGUGGAACGAUGCAGGCUGUCAGCAUGAUUUAAACUUUAUUUGCUAUGAGGACAAACUGGUUCUGGUUCGUGAGAAUAAGACCUGGAAAGAGGCGCUGCAGUACUGCAGAGAGCACCAUGUGGACCUGGUGUCUGUGACCUCCGAGCGGAUCCAGCGAUGGGUGAGGGGGCGGGCUAAAGGAGCCUCCAGUACGCACGUGUGGCUGGGCCUGCGCCGCUCCUGCAACAUGGGCUUCUGGUUUUGGGUCAACGGAGAGACGGUCUGCUACGGCAACUGGGCCCCAGGGGGAAAGACAGAGCCGGACUGUCAGAGUGCCAGAGUGGGGGCAGUGAAGUCUGGAAGAGAUGGGAAGGGAGAGUGGGUCAUGCUUCCAGAGACCGAGGAACACUACUUUAUCUGCACCACUGAAGAUCAGUAG